AUGGUGCAACUCGCUCCUAGUGGUCCUGAGUGGAAAGGACCUCUUCCCACAAAUGGUCAUCUCUCUGAGAUCGAUUCUGAGUUCGCCAAGUUCAGAGAAGAGAUCGACAAGAAUUUCACAGCACUAUGGGACCUUCCCAUGGAUGAGUUCAAAGCCGCUUGGUUGAGCUCUCCGGUCCCAUUACCGGACAAUGCUCCCCAGCCUGGACGAGACUAUGAGGUGCUCGACCAAGAAGCUCCAGUGCGAGAUGGUACGAAGAUCGGUAUUAAGAUCUACCGGCCCUUGAAGACCGAACCUGGCACGACUCUGGUCGUAAAAGCACACGGCGGAGGUUGGGUAGUUGGUGGUCACGAGGUGGAAGAGGUCGAAAACCGCUUCCUGGCUGCCAAAGCUGGCGCGGUCGUCGUCAGUGUUGAUUAUCGUAUGGCUCCGGAAUUCAAGUAUCCUUAUGCCAUCAAUGAUUGCUUUGACGUCCUUCAAUGGUGCAAACGCAACGCAAACGAGUUAAGUAUUGAUCCAGAACGGAUCAUCGUCGCAGGAGGCAGUGCAGGUGGUAACAUCGCGGCCGUUCUGGCACAGAAGACGAGAGACGAAAAAGUAUCAGGAGUCGUCGGCCAGAUCCUAAACAUCCCUGUAACUUGCCAUCCAAAGUUCUUUCCGUCCGAUCGAUAUCCUGGAGGCAGCUACCAGCAAAACAAAGAUGCCAGUAUCGUCGACGCCCCGAAGAUGUUUUGGUUCUGGGAACAAUAUAUGCCUGAUCCGAUUCCGGAAGCCUAUGCCAGUCCCUUGCUGGCAAAUGAUCUCAGUGGACUGCCACCAGCGUUGGUACAAGUUGCCGGGCUAGAUCCCCUUCGCGAUGAGGGUCUGGCAUAUGCAGAAGCUCUGAAGGCGGCCAAAGUCCCCGUCACUCUUCGAACAUAUAAAGGACUACCCCAUGGGUUCUAUAUGCUCCCUCAGCUGAAGCAGAGUUCCGAGUACUGGAUGAACUCUGUUGACUUUGUACUCAGCCUGAGCAAGAAGUAA